UUCAUGCAUGUGUCUGCUCUUAUUUCUGACACCUCAGACGCUCUACACGCACUCUCUCUCUCUUCAGAGCCUUUUAAAGUAGACAGAAGCAGUCCUCACUGGGCUGCAGUGGAGAGUGAUUUGAGACCAGAACUAAGGAAGAAGACAGAGAUAACGCGUUGAGGGAUCUGAGACCGAAAUGGGAUCUGGGGCUGCUGGUUUCUUCAAGGUUCUUCUCAAGAAUUUUGAUAUUCUUGCUUGGCCUGUGGUUAGCCUUGUUUAUCCUCUAUAUGCCUCAAUUAGGGCAAUUGAAACUAAAUCUCCUGUCGAUGAUCAGCAAUGGCUUACUUAUUGGGUUCUCUACUCCCUGAUCACCCUAUUCGAACUCACCUUUGCCAUAGUCAUUGAAUGGAUUCCCAUCUGGCCAUAUGCAAAGCUAAUCUUGACCUGCUGGUUGGUCAUCCCUUACUUCAGCGGUGCUGCAUAUGUUUAUGAUCAUUAUGUGAGACCUUUCUUUAUCAGUUCGCAGCAGUCUAUAAACAUAUGGUAUGUCCCUGGGAAGAAGGAUAUCUUCAGUAAGCCAGAUGACAUUCUAACUGCUGCAGAGCAGUAUAUUGCUGAUAAUGGGACAGAAGCAUUUCAGAAUAUGAUUAACAAGGCUGACAAGUCCAGGGCCAGGAGGAGUGAAGUUUACUAAACCAAUGAAGAGGACUAUAGAUAUUGAGCCUUGUAGCUGUCAGCACGUUUUCCACCAUCUAGUUUCUUAUGAAGAAAAGGAUGCACUGUUACUAGAGUUUUUCUUUUUGUGGUUAGCCCUCGGUUUUUGUAUUCUUAUUUGAAACGAUCUGUGGUAUUUGUAAAAAAUAGCAAAUGUUCCUACUUUACUAUAUGUAAUUAGCAAAAGUUUGCAUCA